AUGGCACCCGCGGCGAGGUUGACCCUGCCCGCCGGGACGCGCCUCCCGACCUUUCACAUCGCACCGCCGCACUUCAGGGUACAGGGAUGGGAUCCUCUCUUGAUCAUUGCUCAGGUGAGUUAAACUCGCUUUCUUUGACGGUCCAAUGGAGAAUGACGCUGAACACCUCUUCUGCGCCCGCCCAGAUCGUCACGCUCCAGACGCUGCACUACCUCACCUUGGCCCUCCUGCUCCCUCCUUUGCUCUCAAGAUUCGCGUCAUCCACUCUACUCGGAUACGAGGGAGGUCCUUCCUCCGUCUCGGUUGUCAUGGAUUGGCGCGAGUUCAUCGGCCGCCCCACGACCUCGCUGCCGACUCGGAGAUCUCUCCCCGCCGGACUGGUCGGACUCGAUGUCUUUCAGGCCGUUUCGACUUCUGGUGCAUGGGGAUUGAAAACCUUGAUCGCGAAAGGCGAUGGGAAAGCGGUGCAUGUCGGUGUCAAGGAAAUUGAGGAGGGUCUCGUCAGGGUACUCGAGUAUGAUCAGUUCAGGGGUUGGGUCGUCGCGAUCGCUUGGUGCAUCACCGCUAUGAUCGAGUCAGUUGCAUCGACUUGUUUCUUGUUGCUCUUAGCUCGUGCUAAUCUUCGGUUUGGAUCUCUCAUUGCACAGCGUCUUUUACCUGUAUCACUUUGUCCGACGGCCAACCCACAUCCUCGACUCGUCCCUCACGCUCCUCUUCAACCAUCUCAUCCUCACAACCUACUACUCGUCCCAAUUCCCUACCUCCUUCUUCUUCUACUUCAUUCUCAUCGGCUCCAGCGUCGCUCAAAUCGUUCUUGCCGAACAGAUGUGCGUUCGGAGGGAAAUGAAGGAAGGGUUUUCUUUCGACGAGAACGGUUCGAACAGUUCGGCCUCACCUGAUGUGAAUAUGAAUGGAGGAGGAGGAAGGUUAGGUAACAGCAUCAGUGGAGGAUCGAACGGGAAGGGCUCAACGGACGCAGUGACGACACCCUUGUUGAGGAAUAACCUGUCCCCGAACCCUUCUGAACCAUUAAGGAGAACGUCCAGUCCGAAUCCGAUCACGAAACAUUCGGACGAACAACACGAAAUGAGCGUCUUUUCCAGCCCUUCAUCUAUUACACCUCAAUCGCAUUCACAUACAAAAUCGUUCGGUGCGGGAGUCGGGACGUCGACGGGCAAGAAAUCGCAUUCGAAGCACUUGAGUUUGACUACGGCAGUGCAAUCCGUUCUUGGCGCAGGCAGUGGUGGUGGAGGAGGGAUGGUCUCGAGUCCUAUCUCGAUGAAAGGGGGGUAA